AUGAAAAUACUACUACUGAUCAUCCUACUCCUUCCCCUCCUCUCCCACACUUCCACCACCGCCGACACCCAAACCUCCAACAACUACGCUACCUUUCCAAUUAAGGAGAGGCAUAUCAAAAUUCAUUUCUUCUGGCACAACAAGUUUGGCGAGCCAAAUCCCACGGCUGUGUCAGUCGCUCGAAACCCCAUAGCUAAUGCCUCUUCCACCGGCUUCGGACUCGUGAUUGUAUUCGACGAUCCGAUAACCAUCGGGCCAAAGGAAUCGUCUCACUUAUUAGGUCGGUCCCAAGGCACGUAUAUAUUGUCAGACCAAAACAAGAUUGCCUCCCUCAUGGCAAUGACCUUUGUAUUUGCCCAAGGGGAAUUCAGAGGAUGCACGCUCUCAGUCUUGGGACGCAAUGAGUUGUCAUUAAAAGUGCGUGAAUUGCCUAUUGUUGGUGGGACAGGAUUGCUCCGCUCUGCUCGAGGAUAUUGCUUACUCCGCAACUUCAAUGAAGAUAAAGCGUCUCAUUAUGUCGUAGUUGAAUACAAUUGCGACGUCUUCUACAAACCUCAUUUUCAAAGCACCACCGAUUACCUAUUUACUUACUAG